AUUGAUUUUGAGAAUCUACUUUUCUACUAACUUUCCCAAGACCAUGGCGAAUCAAACUGAUCGCUGGUACUUCACUAAAGAAGACCUUAGGAAUACCCCAUCUGUUCGUGAUGGGAUUGAAUUCGCUAAAGAGCUUGGUUACAGACAACAAUGUGCAAAUCUAGUCCAAGAUAUAGGACAAAGAUUACAAGUAAAUCAGUUGGUGAUUAACACUGCUAUAGUUUACAUGCAUCGUUUCUAUAUGUUUCACUCAUUUCAAUCAAUGCAUAGAAAUGCAAUGGCGCCUUGUUUUGUAUUUCUGGCUGCAAAAGUAGAAGAUCAACCUCGAAAAUUAGAGCAUGUUUUAAAAGUAUCGCAUAUGUGUCUUCAUAAAGAUAAAUUACCUCUUGAUACCAAAAGUGAUGAUUACAUGCAACUGUCUGCUGAACUUGUGAAUAAUGAAAGCAUUCUUUUACAAACUUUAGGCUUUGAGGUAUCCAUUGAUCAUCCAAAUACAUAUGUAGUUAAAUGUGCCCAGCUUGUAAAAGCGACUAAAGAUCUUGCACAGACAGCAUACUUCCUUGCUACUAACAGCUUACAUUUGACAACAUUUUGUAUUCAGUACAAACCUACAGUUGUUGCGUGUGUUUGUAUUUAUGUUUCAUGUUUGUGGGCAAGCUAUGUGAUACCUGAAACUGAAGGUAAAAAUUGGUUUGAAUUUAUUGAGAAUACAACAACUAAAAAACAACUCGAAGAUCUUAGUUCAUAUUUUAUAAAAAUACUUGAUUCGAGCCCUACACGUUUAAAGAAACGAUUAACAUCUGGUGGAGCUGUAGUAUAUAAGGAUGGAAAAGUUAUGCCGAAAAAGUUAGAGGAAACUGAUUCCACAGUUGCUAAAGCUACCGUAAAUAACAGUAAAUCUGAUACCAAUAAACAUGGACUAAACAGCGGUUUAUUUCCAAAAAGUAAUUUAACAAGUCAUCUGAAACCUCAUUCUCAUGAAGCAACUCCUCCACCAAAUAGAACUUUAAGUUUGCACCAGUCAAGUAAACUGCUUAAAGCUAAUCCAAAGAGCGAAGCAGAGGACAAAGUACAAAAUUUACUUCAUGCUCAAAAUGGUUCUAAAAGUAUUGUAGAAAAAGGUACACAAAUCAAUUUUGAAUUAUUAAAACAAAAAAUGACUCCCGAACAAUGGGAGGAUUACAAAAAAAAAAUGACUCCUGAGCAAAUUGAAUCUUAUAAAAAAUGGAAAAUUAGGGAGCGCCAACUCUAUUUAAAGAGAAAAGCAUCUGGAGCGUCAAUAGCAAGAGAUGCGAAUAUUAAUUCCCAUAAUAAAUUAGACAUUAAACCUGGAUUAGUUAGAAAACAUUCUAUUCCGAAUGAAAUAAGAGAAAGUCCUGUUAAAAAACAAAAGUUAAGUUCUGAUCACAAUCAAGUACUCCUAAAUAACCACGAGAUUCAAAAGGUUCCAGUUAAACUAAACUCUGAACAAACUAAAAAAUAUGAAGUUACUAAGCAUUUUAGCAAUAACCAACAAACAUUACACGUGAAUACCAAUCAUAAUCGUCUAAAUUCAAAACCAGAUAAUUUAUCUGACAAAUCUCCACCACCGCCUCCACCACCUCCUAUUUCAAGUACUGUAAUUCCUACUCCUGUUACGACGAUGCUAUCAACUCCAACAAAAAGUAAUCAGCACAAAAAUAGAGUAAUUGGGGAUAAUCGUUUGCAGCAUCUUUCUCCUCCUCCGCCACCUCCAGUUCUUAAGUUUUCAACACAAUAAUUUUUUAAUUUUAGAAUGCAUGAAAAUUUUUGUUUCGAAAGUUGGCUUUGGAUUUUUCGUUUGCUUAAAUAUUGAAGCGAUAUUUUCUGAUUUUGUUAAUUUAGCGUCAAUGAUAAAUGGUUUAUGCUGAGGUAAACAAACAACAUUCGAAAGAUUUAACGGCGAAAGUAUCACUACUUUUUUUUUCUUACGGAUAUUACUGCGAUUAUAUAAGCUCAUUACAAGCUUUAUACUAA